GUUUUCCGCUGAGCUGUGCUUUAUGGUGAAGGGAAUAAAAGUCGAGGUGAGAAUGAAAAGAAACACACCUUUGCUCGCUUCUUCUCACAACACAACUCUCCUCAGUGUAAAACUCCCGUUCCAGUUAGACAUGGAGUCUGCCAUUAAUGUCCUUGUGGCCCAGUUCAAGACCUACGCUGCUAAAGACGGCAGCUCACACACUCUGAGCAAAGAAGAAUUCCAGGGUCUUGUUGCAUCCCAACUACCAAAUCUUGUCAAGAAUGCCAGCGAUCCUGCUGUGAUCAACCAUCUCAUGAGCUCCUUGGAUGAGAACAAUGAUGGGGAACUGACAUUUCAGGAAUUCUGGCAGCUGAUUGGCAAACUGGCAUGCACACAUGGUGGCUUCAGCCAAUAACUUUAAAGGCAAACAAUUUGAAAUAUCUCACUCAUACACAUGCAAGCAAUUCAGGUCAAACAGAGCCACAAGACCUUCCCAUCUUGCUCGAACACAAAAGAGUGUAAGUUAACCAUUGACAAAGACAAGAGAUGUGACACAAAAAAGCUUUUGUUGUAGUCAUAAUUAUUAUCUUGCUUUUAUGAACCCUGUAAUAAAGGAUUACAUACAUGUGA